AUGCUCGCGACCACGCUUGUCGCGGCUGUCGCUCUGGCGCACACCAUCUCCGCCGUCUCUCCCGCUGAAAGGAAGGACAAGAACUCGCUCUUUCGCCGCCAGUCGCAUCCGUUCGACCCGAACGACCCUGUCGAAGGACUCGCUGGGAUCCUUCUGCAGUUUGGGACGAGCGUCUUGGGCAUCGAGGUCAACGAGCCUUGCGCCCAACCGUGUCUCCAAGGCUGGAAAGAUGGCGUUGAAAGCUGCACCAACCCGAACGACGAGGGCGACUACAAGACCAGCGUCAAGUGCGCCUGCAGGAAGGACAAUAUCGCUCUUCUCCAGACUUGCGCAAACUGCAUGGGCGGUGUGAACGUCCAGACUGGACAGGCCUUCGUCCAGCAGUGUCCGGUCGCACUCAAGGCGCUCGACGGCAGCAGCAGCGGCGUCAGCUCGCAAGCGAGCCGCACCGGAAGCUUGAGCAGCUUCUCCUCCGCACUCGUCGCUUCCGCCUCGAGCUUCAAGGUCUCCUCCUCUGUUGUGCAAACGAGCGCAGGCACCUCUCGUCCAGCCGCAACCGGGACCAAUGCGACGCAGCCGGCUCAGACUGGCGAGCCCGCUCCAGGCGGCGCCGACAAGACCGCCGCUUCCCUCCUCACCCUCGGCGCCGCGGGUCUCGCCUAUCUUCUCGUCUAA